CAUGCGCGGCCCGCGCGCGGUGACGUCGCGCCGCGCUGGUCACGUGCAGGGUGGGCGCGUGGCGCUGCAGACAUCAGAGGUCGCCGGGAAGACUCUGGGACCGGCCGGGCGGGAGCGGCGGCGGCGCCAUGAAGAUCUGGACAUCGGAGCACGUCUUCAACCACCCAUGGGAAACUGUGUUUAAAGCUGCCAUGCAAAAGUACCCCAAUCCCAUGAACCCGUCCGUUGUAGGGGUUGAUGUUUUAGAUCGAUGUAUUGAUGACCAAGGCAAAUUGCAUAGCCAGAGGCUGCUCAGUACAGAAUGGGGCCUACCAUCUGUUGUAAAAUCGCUUAUCGGUGCAUCCAGGACACGGACGUACGUGCAUGAACACUCCAUCGUGGAUCCAGUGAAAAGAACCAUGGAGCUAAGAUCUGCAAAUAUAACAUUAACAAAUUUAGUAUCGGUUGAUGAGCGGUUGGAGUAUAAACCACACCCACAGGACCCUGAAAAGACCAUUCUUACCCAAGAAGCUAUAAUUAGUGUAAAAGGGGUGAGUUUAAGCAGUUAUAUGGAAGGAAUAAUGGCGAACACCAUCUCUGCUAAUGCAAAUAAAGGCCGAGAAGCUAUGGAGUGGGUAAUUCACAAGUUAAAUGCUGAAAUUGAAGAGUUGGCAGCAUCUGCACGAAGUAUCAAAAUUCCAAUGGCUGCAUCAUCAGUAGAAUAAUAGAUAAGAUUUGGACAAAGAUACCAUGUCUGCCUCCAGAUUAUUUUAGCCUAUUGCUUCCCAUUGUGCAAUUUUCCUCUAAUUCACUGGGGCUCCAAGUCUAAAAAGAGUAAGCAGCUUGCAUUUGAUUGAUUUUGUUCCUUUUAGGGACACAGGACUUGUGAGCAGCUGUGGUUGUGGAGAUCUUGAAUUGGAGUAGGUGCACAGAGAGAAGCAUUGGGUUUUUAAUAUUAAUAUGUAAAAUGUAAUGUUGGCAGAAGAAUUGGAGAUGGCAAAGACUUGGCGGUGCAGUGAGGGGGAUUGUUAUAAGUCAAUUUUGUGAACCUCAAGCCUUUACAAAUUAAGGACCUAAAUGUAUUGGGCCAGUUCUUUGAAUAGAUCAGAAGGCAAUAAUUUCCUCAUGGAUAAUUGGUAAAAUGGGCAGGGGUGGGGGAGAAGCCAAGUUUCCAUUCCUGGUUACUAUCCAGUUAUUCCCACUGGAAAAUGUAUGUUUGUGUGCAUUUUGUUGAACAAUUACUGAGAAUUGUUACCUAGAAUCACAACUUGUAAAUUGUCAUGAACAUGUUUUUCCUUGAACGGUGGAAAAUACAUGAUGGUAACCUAGCACCGAGCAGCUACAGGUACAAGACACCCUUCACCUGCAAUUUAGAGAAGAAUUUACAAUUUAUACUUGUUAGAAAUCCUGGACUAACUUGUGAUUUUUCUUUUCUCCGGCUAAGUGAUUUAUUUAAACCUCCCAUAUAUUUAACAGCCCAACUCUUAGUUCUAGCAACCAAGUAUUGCUAAGUGAUUUGUACUUUACUAGAAAAUAGUUGUACAGUUGUACUUACUGUAAAAUGUUAAAAUUAAUGGGCAUCUACUAUAGAAAGAUUUCCUUCUCUGAAGAUUUAGUAUAUUUACAUAUGAUAGGAAGUCCCUGUUGGGAACCCAAAGUAUUCCCAAAGUCCAAAUAGAAACUUUGUGAUCAUGGUUUUAUAGAGUGUCACAAAUUUAGUGAAUCUGCCUCACUCAGUUUUGAUAACCUGUUUGUUUUUUCAGCAUUUAGUAGUUAACCUUGCGAGAACUGAACCAUGGUAGUUGCUGUAGAUAUUCUAUACUGAGGUGUUAACAUUCCUAAAGCACUGAUGAUAAAAAAAUUUCCUUUCAUUGAGGAUCUAGAUUUCUUUUGAAAGGGAAGCAAUAGUAAACUUUUCCUUUAAAUUUUGGUCUUCGGAGUAACAUCAUCUCAACUAGCAGUAAAUUCGUCUAAGGAAAUAAGUCUGUCCUUUCCCAAUUUGCAUUAAAUUGUGGAGCCUUUAGAAUAACUCUAUCAUUGACUGUCUCGGGCUCCUAGUGUUAAAGAGAGUACUGCUGGCCGAGUACAUAAAAACCCCUAGUCACUGGCUGAAAACAAGUAAACAUUUCUUGUGACAUGCCAUAUUCCACAUGAAUGUGAGAAUUGCUGUACCAGACUGUGUGGAAAGUAGAGCUUUUGUUGUAUAAAAAGCUAAAGGUGACAUUUGAUAAAUUCUAGACCUGAACUGUUUCCUUUGUUUCAUUUCAAUUGUGCUUUGAAUUUUAAAAGCAGUUACAAGUUUAAAAUUUAGAUUUCAUUUGGUGUUUGGAAGGUUGUGAUUCUGAAGGGAUUAUAAUCAUUUACCGAAUUGUUCUGUGAAGUCAGCUUGGCAUUUAUCUUUGGAUCAGAUGUUCCUAAGACAGAAAUGAGUUUCACCCUGGCACUGAUCAUCUGCACAACAACUUUAAAAAAAACAAUGUUUACGUGUUAUUCAGACAAGAAAGACCUUAAAAGUAUUUGACUAAAGAAGAGGCUUUCCCCACCAUGUUGGCUGUCAAUUCUUCUCUUAAGCAAACCCUUACUUGUGAUUUGGAGGACCUUGUUAGGUGCAGAUCACACAAUUUCCUGCACAAGUGACUCUGCAGUAAUUUAAUUGAGAAGUUAAUUAAUGCAACCCUUUAUUUAGUAUGAGUUUUUUGAAAACUUAAAUGCAAGGCAGAUUUAACUUUGAGAAUCCUAUCUGGACUGCUUGAGGACCCCUUAACCCAUUUAAGCUCUCCUCUAGAAACUGUCUAAGAAUAAAAUAGUAUAUCCUAAAUUGUUCUUGCUGAUAUAUUCUAUACAACCACUAAUGUGGCACACAAGUUUUAGUACUGACUGAUCCAUUGACUAUUAAAUAAUAUAGAGCAUUAUUUUUUGUUUACUCCAAGAGACUCUUCUGCUCAGUUUCCAUUAUAUUUGCAGGGAGUACAAGCUCAGCUGUAUACUCUGGUACUGAUCUAUUUUGGUGGAACAAAGGUUGGCAGUAUAGUGUGGGCCAUUUGUGUUGCCAAUGCUUUCUCCCAGUACAUUGAUGAAAAGAUCAAUAUCUGAUGCAAAAACCUAAAUGCAGCAGCAACCUGCAGGUACCUAAGGUAAAUGCUGUUUCAUUCAGGUUCAGGAACUCAUCUCAACAAACUACAGCUCUUUUCUAUAAAUAACCCAUUGUUAAGUACAUUCAGUAUUUAGUCUGGAAUUUUGCACUGGGGAGAGUAGAGUUGCACAACUGGUGAAUAGAAAUUAAAAAGAUAAGUUUUUAAGUUAGAAUUAUAUCAAAAAUUCAACUUUAAGAUGGUGAGUUUGUUACUCUGCAGUGGUUUGCACAAAUCUACAGCUGAGAAUAGUGUAUCUUUCAUCAGAAGUUUUGUUUAUAAAAGAUUAUUGUGCCACCUUCUGCACAGAUUAUGUUUGUUGCCAACAUUUUCUGUUUGUACCUUCAGCGGCUCCCAUUUUUCAUAUUUGAUGGUCACACCUCCAGUUAGGGACAGCACAGAAGAGCCUAGACUGUGUUUGAGAUGCUCUAUGGAUUCAAGGCUGGUAAUUUUGUGUUGGUGUUACAAAGAAGCUUAAAAUAAAGUAGUUAGAACUAGAAACACGUUUGGAGUAUCCAAGCGUGCUUAGCAGAACAUAACAUGAAAGGUAGAAUUUGGAAAGGACUAGAUUUAUUUAAUUUAGAGUCGCAUUGUAUUGUGAUGAGAGUAAAAGAUGUGAUCAAUAAGGGAGCAUUUGAUUGGACUGUUGUUUUGAAGCAAUUUAUUUAGUAUGAUAUUUAGUAUAGUCUAUUUAUUUGUGUUAUUCCUUUUCUACACAAAAUGACCAGUGAUCUAAAAUGCUUUGCAACAAUGAAAGAACACAAAUGGAUUCUGUAUGUUGCUAGUAACAUUUAUUUAAUGUUUUGCUUGGUGAGGAUUUGUUAACUUAAAGUGACCAACAAGGAAAAUAAUAAUUUGAAUUAGGUUUGUUUGAUUGAACCAUAAUGCACAGUUUUAGUUUUAUAAAUUUAUAUUCCUGUGUAGUACCUGAUAACUUGCAUAUCCAUGAAGGACAUUUUUGUAUGGAAUAUUUAUUUUAAUAGCACUGAACUAUAUUUCAAACUUCAGCCAAGUGGUUUAUCAUUUUUAACAAAACUGAUGUCAAUAAAAUUAAAGUAUCACAUCUGAA